UUAUAGGCACGAUGUGAUUGAUUUUGACCAUGUUACACUUUGUAUUUAUAGAUACUUUUUUACAAAUAGGUAGAUAAUCCUCCCCAUAGGUAGGUUUCGAUUACACCAAAAGGCUAGGCUUCUAUUAACUGUUAACAUUUACAAGCAACGCGUUACGCUUCCCCUUUUAUGUAGAAAAACGCUCAGUAGGCUUGGCUCAUGUCAUCAACAGGAUAUACAAUUUCUUAUGUUAUGAUUUUGAGCACUGUGUGUGUAGACAAAACACUUGAUAAAAUAAUAUGAAUUUCGAAAUUGUAGUUGUAAUACAAAAUUUCUUAACCCAUUAUAUAUAAAUCCUUUAAAAAAUCUGAAUUAAUUGGCCAUCUAUGAUACAGCUAAGAAAAAAUUGCGAACUCUCAAAAAUAUAGACGAACGUCAUUCACGAAGUCGGUCACAAUGACAUCGAAACAAUGUUUAUAAAAUGGGCACAAUAAAUUAAAUAAAUCCAGUUCAUCACAGCAAAUAUUAAUGAAUGAAUCCAGUACAUCACAACAGAUAUGAGAAUAUACGAAAUGACUAAAUAGAAGAAAUUGUACCGCCACUAUGCAGUGCAACCAGUCCUUCUGCGGGCUCGGGUUCCCCAAUGCGCCAAUCUUUAAUUACAAUUCACCGUUACAAUGCAAUACGAACUUAUAUUCAGAUGUAGUGGGUGAAGGUGUUGUCACCUCAUUGACUCUACCAGACGGAAGAGUACAGUUAUUUUUUAAGCCUACAUUAAAAUGGUGGACGCCUAAUACAUUUCAACCGAAUAUUCCUAUGCAAACCAAUAUGAAUGUAAACGUCCCAUUCUACAAUAACCCAUUGGGCACUUGGUUCGUGCGAAGCAUUAAUAAUCCGGUACCUCCCAAUCUGUUCACUCCUUCGAGUCAACAAUUUGAUGGGGGGAAGCUGUAUAAUUCCGAGAGCAAUUUAAACGGCGGUGGCAAUGGUUAUCAACUGAAGAAUGUAAAUAAUUUUCAGUUCCACCAGGAUCAUUCCACAUCCACAACGGACAUACAUUACUUCUAUCCGUGUUUGCGACAGCUCGACUAUACGUUUAGAUCGUGCAGAGGGACCGCCGCUGUACAAGUGGAAACACAACCCGUAGAGAACAACAUGACGUGUCAUUAUGAAGUCCGUUGUGCCAAAACUUGCAACUGCGACUGUAACUGUAAUAAACCUAUGAGUUUAGUGUCCAUAGCUGAACCCAAAAAUAGAAAGGGUAAGUCGUAUCCCGACACACCACCCUCGUCAUGUGAAGAUACCAGGAAAAAACGUAAUAAACGAAACAAGAAACGUAAGAAUAAAACUAAAAAAGUUGUGUGUGCGUGCGAAUCGACCGACGAUAUACAAACUAUGGAUAAAUCGAUUACAACAUAUAAAGAUAUAGGUAGCUGUUGCGCUCCUGCGAAUGGGCGCGAGACACAAACAUACCGUGGAUCGACUCCAAGCAGGCAGUGCUGCAGUAGAAAGAUUCCGAUGUUCUUAUCUGACAGUCUGAUGCAGCGGUGCAAUGUGAAACAGAAGAAGUCGUGGCAUCUCACUCCGGCGACGCCGGUCAGUGAGGGAGAGGUGCGAAGCGACUCCGUCGAGAAGUUGCUAGACUUUGGAGACACUGGGGAUGACGAUUCUUCCAGCAUCUUUAGCUGCGACAGCUGAUGUGUGUGAGAGUAUUAAAAAACCGUUCUGUUUUAGGUAUUUAUAUUUUGUUAUAAUACAAUUUAUACCUUAAAGUUACAAAUACCUAUUUACAUUGUCAAAAAUAAUAGUACAAGUAAUAAACAAAAACAAUUGAGAUUUUAA